GCCACCCUGUCAUUUAUCUUUGGUAUUUUGACAUGUAAACAUCGAAGGAAAAACAUCUCUUUCUCAGACUUCUCCGUUUCUCAAAGUGGCCCUAGAAAAUUUGUUUUUCUCGUGACAAAAAGUGGGUGGAAAAGUGUUUUCUCACAAAAGUGUCCGCGUGGAAAUUAUCGGGUGGACAGUGUGUGUUGUAGAAGUGCGUGAAAAGUGAGGAUUUUCAUUGCGGUGGAAAUUGUCUGUGGAGGUAUUUUUCCAAUUCAGAACCUUCCCAGAAUCACGUGAAAAUCCGUCUGGAAAUUCCCCUACAUCAAUCCCAGACCACCUGAAAAGCAAAUUCGACGAAAUAUGCUACUGCAAAUUGGAUAAAGGACUACAGAGAUUACCCAAGAAGAGCCUCAUUUAUCACCUUGAGCAUCCCCCCAAAUCGAUUUCGAGAGCUGUAAAAUGCGAGAAGAAGCGCUGAAACGGAUAUCAUCGUCUUCGGAAUAACUCUGAGGAUUCACCUCAUUCUCCCCCGGAUCUUGUCUCUCUCUGUCGUCCGAAUUCCAUACACCCAACAGGGCUGGAAUCGUGGAGUCAGCAGAGGUCACCCCCUCCUCGAGCACACACCCCUAACCAUCUCACCCUGAGACUCACCCUGUGUCUGCGGUGGCCACAAAAUGCAGGAGAACAGCAUCUCAGCGUCAGCAGUGAUGGCACCGAAUGCAAAUGGAAUAGAUCAAGCACAGUUUGAGGCAGAUAAACGUGCUGUCUACAAGCACCCACUCUUCUCCCUGCUGGCGCUCCUUCUCGAGAAAUGCGAACAAGCGACCCAAGGAUACGUGCCUACAGCCACCGCCUCGUCCGCCUCCUCAAAUUCUUCCAGUCCAAAUGGCACAAAUGGCAACUGCGACAACGACAGCUUCUCACGAGACAUCCAAGCUUUUGUGCAGCUGCUAGAGAAGGAGAAGAGACCUCUCCUCACCAAUGACUCGGAACUCGAUGGACUCAUGAUAAAAGCCCUUCAAGUGCUGCGGAUUCACCUACUGGAGCUAGAGAAGGUGCAAGAACUAUGCCGGGAUUUUUGCACAAGGUAUAUUGCCUGUCUACGUGGAAAGAUGCAAUCGGAGAAUCUCCUAAGGGCUGACUAUCCCAUGGAACACAACAAUAACCUGUCCAACUCUAGUAGUCCGGCCAAUACGCCCGAUCAGGAGCAAAUGACGAGCCAGGCAGGUGGGUAUUAUGGCAGUUCGGAUUUUUUAUCCGGGACAGAUGGGACGGAUUUCAGUAGUCUACAAGGAACAUUCAAUAUUCACACGAAUUCUACUGCAGCUCCAGGAAAUCUCCUGGGUGCAACGAAUGGAGCCCCCGAUAUUCAUCAGACUCCGCCAAGUGGAGCCCCAGAAAGUUCCCUCUUACCAGGCACUGGAUCUUCCACUCAACAGCCACUGCAUGUGCAAACCCAGGUGCAGAAUCUUGUGUUAUCUCAGUCAUCUGGAUCACCUCAGGGAACUGCUCAAAUCUUGGGUUCGACUCCUCUAAGCCAGAUCGGAUGUCCACCGUUGCAGUUAGACCAAUAUGCCGGACAAUUGUCACCAUGUGGAAGUUCUGAUGAAAUUGACUCAGAAUUGGACUCAAACAAUGACGAGUUGGGAUCGAAUUUCAGCACAAAUUCCGGAUCGAAGCGCCAAAAGAGAGGCAUCCUGCCUAAACAUGCCACGAGUGUUAUGAGAGCGUGGCUCUUUCAGCAUCUUGUGCAUCCGUAUCCGACUGAAGAUGAAAAAAGGGCAAUUGCAGCACAGACAAAUCUCACAUUGCUGCAGGUGAACAAUUGGUUUAUUAAUGCCCGACGGAGGAUAUUGCAGCCGAUGCUGGAACAUGCCAAUGAUAGCAAUCAAAAUUCAGUACGCAAAAAGUCUUCAUCACAGAGUCCAUCAAAAAGAUUUUGGACGGACGGUGUUAGUGCUUCGGGACAACCGGCAAUCAAUCCUGCAAUGAUUGAUCCUAAUAUAGAGAAUAUCAGUGCAAAUGUGAAUAGAGCGGACUCUGGAGGAGCUCAAAAGAUUCCCGAGAAUUACUAUAGUUCAGACGAGAGCACAGACAGUCUCAUUAUUGAUCAGGACACUUAAAUAACAACAAAAAAAAAAAGAAAUCCCCUCCAAAAAUUAGAAAAAAAAGAAAUUAAGUAGAAAUCCAGGAGAAGUUUAGAAACCACCAACACCCUAUGAAAUAGAAAUAUGUUUUAGUAUUUUUAUUGAUUUUCUCUGCAGCUUUAUAAAAAUGGUUUUGUUUUCUGUUCUCAAAACAAAUAACACGAAAAGAAGGAUAAAAUAUGAAGGAGAUAACAAGAACAUGAGGUGUGUCCUAAGAACAAUCGAGAAUGUUGUGUGCAAGUGUGUCUGUGUGUAUGUGUGAAAAUGAAAGAAAAAUUGCAUAUGCUUUUUGUGUGUGCUUUUUGCAAAUUUUAAAGCAUCUUAGAAGUUUAGAAAUGAGAAAGAAGAAAAAGAAUUGUUGAUCAACUUUACAAUAUUUGAGAACUGAUAACAAAUUUUACCAUAUUUUCUCUUGAAUGUGCCAUAAUUACCAGACUAUUAUAUAUAUUUAGUGAUUAAAUGAAGAAAAGAAAAACUAACAAUUAGACUUUUGUGCUUCAUAAAGAAAAAGGGGAAAGAAGAUAUACGUAAAAACAAUUGUAAUUAACUAAACGUUAAAAAGAAAUGUUUAAAAGACAUUGCAAAGUUUUUUAUUUCAACUGAUUUUUUGUUUUUUUGGAAAUAUACCUUUUACUUUUUUCUGAGUUAACUAAAUUAAAUUAUACCAAUGUAUACGUAAUAUUACCUCAUAUUAAAUUAGUAUAACGAUAAAUUAAGUGAGAAAAAAAAGAAAAGACAUGAUUAGGAGGAUAAAACAAUAACUCAAAAGAAGAACGUACCAGUAGAAACAUUUUCAAAAACAAAAUAUAAAUAAAUUUCGAAGAAAACCAUUACAUAUUUGCUCAUGACAGUAUUAAAACAAAAAAAAAGUUUAAAAAAUAGUUAUAACAAAAGAAAAAAAAACAGUGAAUACCCAUGAAAUAAACUGUUUUAAAGAAAAUAAAUCAAAGUCAAGUCACGUAUACGGAAUUAUAUUUUAAUUAAAAUACAUUUAAAGUAAAAAAAAAGAUAUAAAUUAAUGAAACUAUCCUAAUAAAUGGGAAUGUUCAAUUAAGAAGCAAGAGACAGAGAAAUAUUGUGAAACAAAUAUAUUUUCCUAUUAAUUCUUAAGCGAUACUCAGACGAACAAGUUAAAAAAAAAAACAAGACAACACACAAAUGCUAAAAAAAAAGAAUAAAA